AUGCACCUCUUCUCAAAGCUCAUCCUCCCCACCCUGACCCUCCUCACACUCACAACUGCCGCUCCAGCCCAGCUCGACCUAGUCGAGACUGAGGCAGCCUCAACCUGCACCGAUAACACACAGUGCACGGCUGACAGCACCACCGGGGCUCUCUGCCAGUUCGCCUCUGCCAACGCGACCGAGGGCGUGUGCAUGCAGUUGGCAGACGGAGAUACCGUAAGCACAGCGAAGUGCCAGAAGGAUGGCAAAUACUGUCUGAUUGACCGCCACUGCUGCUCUGAUAACUGCGAUAAGAUCUUUGCGACGGAUGUGGGGACUUGUCGGCCGCGUCGUCGUUAG